ACCAAGCCAGUAAAGGUGCUGCUUUACAGGCUCACCACAGAUCCAAUAGCAAGGAUAUUCAGAACCUAAGUGUGGGUCUGCCCCGGGCCGAUGAAGGCCUCCCUGCCAACGAAAGCUUCCUGAAUGGAAAUCUUGCUGGGGCAACUCUUAGUCCAAUGCAUACCAAAACCUACCAAGCAAGCACCCAGCCUGGGUCUACCAGCAAAGAUCUCACUAACAACAACAUGCCACACCUUCUCAGCCCAAAAGAGGCCAAGUCCAAAACUGAGUUUGAGUUUAAUAUUGACCCAAAACCUUCAGAAGGCCCAGGCACUAAGUACCUCAAGUCCAGCAGCAGAUCACAGCAGAACCGGCACUCAUUCAUGGAAAGCUCUCAGAGCAAAGCUGGGACACUGCAACCCAGUGAGAAGCAGAGUCGACACAGCUAUAUCGACACCAUUCCCCAGUCCUCCCGGAGUCCUUCCUACAGGACCAAGGCCAAAAGCCAUGGGGCAUUGAGUGAUUCCAAGUCUGUGAGCAACCUUUCUGAAACCAGGGCCCAAAUCCCAGAGACCAAUACCAGUAGGUACUUCCCAUCCAGUUGCUUGGACUUAAACUCUCCCACCAGCCCAACCCCCACCAGGCACAGUGACGCAAGAACUUUGCUCAGCCCUUUGGGAAGAAAUUCCCGAAAUGAGGGCACUCUGGACUCACGCCGAACCACAACCAGACACUCGAAAACCAUGGAGGAGUUGAAGUUGCCGGAGCACAUGGAUGGAAGCCAUUCCCAUUCACUAUCCACACCUCAUGAAUCCUUUUCUUAUGGGCUGGGCUACACCAGCCCCUUCUCCUCUCAGCAGCGUCCUCACAGGCAUUCCAUGUAUGUGACCCGGGACAAAGUGAGAGCCAAAGGCUUGGAUGGAAGCUUGAGCAUUGGGCAAGGAAUGGCAGCCAGAGCCAACAGCCUACAGCUCUUAUCACCCCAGCCUGGAGAACAGCUCCCUCCAGAGAUGACCGUGGCAAGACCUUCUGGUAAAGAGUCCUCCAGAGAAGGCACCUCUUCAUUCCACACUCGCCAGAAGUCUGAGGGUGGAGUAUAUCAUGACCCACACUCUGAUGAUGGCACAACCCCCAAAGAAAACAGACAUCUGUACAAUGAUCCUGUCCCAAGGAGAGUUGGUAGCUUUUACAGAGUGCCAUCUCCACGACCAGAUAAUUCUUUCCAUGAAAAUAAUGUGUCAACUAGAGUUUCUUCUCUACCGUCUGAGAGCAGUUCUGGAACCAAUCACUCAAAAAGACAACCAGGAUUUGAUCCAUGGAAAAGUCCUGAAAAUAUUAGUCAUUCCGAUCAACUCAAAGAAAAGGAGAAGCAAGGUUUUUUCAGGUCUAUGAAAAAGAAAAAGAAGAAAUCUCAAACAGUGCCCAAUUCUGAUGGCCCUGAUCUGCUGACCUUACAGAAAGCCCUUCACUCUGCUAGCACUUCAAUCAGCAGGCCAAAGGAGUGGCGCCCCUCUGAGAAACUCUCAGAUCCACAGAUGCAUAGCCAACCGUUAAAAUCACUACGCAAGCUGUUACAUCUCUCUUCAUCCUCAAAUCACCCGGGUUCCUCUGAUCCCCGAUUCCAGCCCUUAACAGCUCAACAGACCAAAAAUUCCUUCGCAGAAAUUCGGAUUCAUCCCCUGAGCCAGGCCUCUGGUGGGAGCAGCAACAUCCGGCAGGAGCCCACACCAAAGGGCAGGCCAGCCCUCCAGCUGCCAGGUCAGAUGGAUCCUGGUUGGCAUGUGUCCUCUGUGACCAGGAGUGCCACAGAGGGGCCUUCCUACUCUGAACAGCUGGGUGCCAAGAGUGGGCCAAAUGGGCACCCUUAUAACAGAACAAAUCGCUCACGAAUGCCAAAUCUGAACGAUUUAAAAGAGACAGCCUUGUAA